AUGCCUCCAAACCAAGACACCUUCAAAGGCUGGGUCGCUCACGACGCCAAAAACCCCCUAACCUACACAACCUACACCCCCAAACCCUUCACACCCACCGACGUCGAAAUCUCCGUCUCCCACUGCGGCAUCUGCGGCACCGACAUCCACACCCUCCGCUCCGGCUGGGGUCCAACCGACUAUCCCUGCGUCGUCGGACACGAAAUCAUCGGCACAGUAACGCGCGUCGGCGACGCAGUAGACCCUAAUUCCCCCAACGCAAUCCGCCUAGGCGAUCGCGUCGGUAUUGGCGCCCAGAGCGGCGCCUGUCUACGCGCAGACUGCGAAGCCUGCGCCGAUGGCGAGGAGAGUUACUGCUCCCGCAUGACGGGCACGUACAACGGGCGCUAUCCUGAUAAGUCGAAGUCGUUCGGCGGGUUUGCGGAUAAGUGGCGCGGGCCUGCGCAUUUUGUGUUCCGGAUUCCGGAUUCGUUGCCGUCUGCUGAGGCGGCGCCGUUGCUUUGUGGUGGUGUUACUGUUUUUGCGCCGUUGAGGAAGUAUGGCGUUGGGCCGGGGAAGACGGUGGGCAUUGUGGGGAUUGGGGGGUUGGGUCAUAUGGGGAUUUUGUUUGCUAGGGCGCUUGGGGCGGAUCGCGUCGUUGCUAUUUCGCGGUCGUCGGGGAAGAAGGAGGAUGCUGUUGGUGGGCUUGGGGCGGAUGGGUUUAUUGCGACGGCGGAGGAGAAAGGGUGGGCGAAGACUCAUUCGCGAUCGCUGGAUGUUAUCUUGUGUACUGUUUCGGCGCAUGAUAUGCCGCUUUCGCAGUAUUUGAGACUGCUUAAGCGGGAUGGGGUCUUUGUGCAGGUUGGUGCGCCGGAGGAGGCUUUGCCGCCGCUCAUGGCUUGGAGUCUUAUUCAGAAGAGUGUGAAGGUUACUGGGUCGAAUAUUGGGUCGCCUGAUGAUAUCCGCGCUAUGUUGGCUCUUGCGGCGGAGAAGAGGGUUUUGCCUUGGAUUCAGAAGAGGGAUAUGAAGGAUGUUAACCAGGCGCUGGUUGAUAUGCAUGAAGGGAAGGCGAGGUAUCGUUAUGUCCUGCAGAAUGGAGGCGAGCAGGCAAAGCUUUAG